GGUGACGGCGACGCCGCGGCCAUGUCGGACCUGAGCUCGGAGGAGACCGAGGAGGCCGAGGCCGAUUUAGGGGAGUAUGAAGGUGAACGCAAUGCAGAAGGCGAGCGACACGGACUUGGAAAAGCACGGCUACCCAAUGGUGAUACAUAUGAUGGAGAAUAUGAACGUGGUCUCAGAAGUGGACUGGGGACCUACAGAUUUAAGAAUGGUGCUUACUACACUGGACAAUAUCUGCAAAACAAAAAGCAUGGCCAGGGCAUUUUUUUUUAUCCAGAUGGAUCAAAAUAUGAAGGAGAGUGGGUGAACGACCAGAGACAUGGCUAUGGAGAGUAUACGUAUGCAAAUGGAGACACCUAUACUGGCGAAUGGUUUAACCACAAUAGGCACGGGCAAGGUACAUAUGUCUAUAAAGACACAGGAUCUAAGUAUGUUGGUGGUUGGGUAAAUGGAAACCAGGAAGGAGAAGCUGAACUUGUCCACCUAAACCAUAGAUUUAAGGGAAAGUUUUUGAAUGGAAAUCCUGUAGGUCGUGGCAAAUAUGUCUUUGAUAGUGGAUGUGAACAGCAUGGUGAAUACAUACAAUCAGAGCAGGAUAAAGGAGAGGAAGAGGAAGAGCCCUCAUUACUCAUUGUACCAAAAUGGAAAGCAUCAGAAAUUACCAAAUUAACACUCUGGACUCCCCAUGGGGAAACCCCACCUUCUCCCAGAGAAACCUCCCUAGAGGCAGCAGCAGAAGCAGUGGAAGAAAAAGCAGUAGCAGAAGUAACUGAGGAGAAAACAGUGCCACAAAUUGCAGUCACUGAUGAUGUGUCUGUUGAGGGUGGGGAUGAUGAGCCAUCUCUUCAUGAAGUAUCCAGUGAAGUUUUUAACCCAGCAAGGGAUGGAGGAGGGGAAGAUGAGGGAAGAAGAGAGGAAGAAGAUGACAAAGAUCAAGAGGAUCAAGAUAAACCUCUGACUCACAGCCCUCCCUGAAGACCACAGAGAAGCCUUGCCACUGCCUUCAAGGUUCAGUGCAAAAUCAUCCCUCGCCACACCUGGCCCUCUCAGCUGACAUCAAGUGCAUGACAGGGCAAGAUGCAGUGGAGUAACCAAGCCAUGAUCUUCUCAGCACUGCAGUGGCAUCCUGCUCCCCUGGAGCAAGAAGAGGCAGUGAUGGCACUUUGAGUUUUUACCUUUUUGCGGUGCUGCAUCAAUAGCCACCCAUCUCCCUUCCUUGCAUCCCCUGAUAUCUAAAGAGCUCCUGACUUCACCCUAGGGCAUUUGAUUUUCACUUUAAUAAUACAACGUUGUCAGAGAAACAAGAGCUCAAGCAACUUCACCAGAGCUGGAAAGUCAAAAUGAUUCAUUUCAGGUGCAAGACCAAGCUACCAAAUCUCCACACCCACAGAUAAGGGUGGUUGCCAAACACCUCUCAGACCCAAAGCCUGAAUGUUGGAUGGGGUCUACCCCAUGCCCUGAUGGCUAAUGGCACAUAUGUGGGGAUAUGUCAAGAAGGAUUAGGGAGAUGAAGAGUGAAAAUGAAAAUGUUUUCAGUCAUGCUAAGAGUGAAAAAGAAACUUCAUUUUUUUUCCAUUCAUUGAAAGAAACACUUGUGCUUUUUCAGAGUUAGUUAUCUGAGACGAUAACUAGAAAGGAAAAUUAUAAAGAAAUACAGACUGUGGAAAGGCAUAUUCCUGUUUGUACAUAAAAUUUUAGGUCUAUGUUCCCUUAAUUAAACAAAUCACCAAGAGAAGAACUGGAGACCUUUCAGGUGACCUCUCCGGUUGGUGUGUCACCAUUUAUACAAUUUGGCAUAGAACAGCACAAAGCAAAGCUGUUUUCCUGUGAGUUCCAUCUUAAGAAGUGUUCAGCAGUUAGAGUUGCUCACAUCCCAGUUUUGUCACCAGUACAGUUACACAAGGCGUCUUUCUUUGUCCCAGCAACAGUAAAGCAAUCACUUCAGUUUUCUUCAAAAAGGAAACAUUUAGUCCAUUUGCUAUAUGGAUCACUCAGGAAUUGCUGAAUGGGGAGCUGUUGUGAUAGAAAAUGGAUCCCCCUUUGUAGAAGAAGUAAAUAAAUAGUCAGUGUGGUAUUCAUGCUCGUGAAACUGACAGUGAACAGGAAACCCAGUGGCUUUAGGUAGAUCUGGUCUCCUCUUUGGGUAGGAGAUGGCUUUUUUCAGUCCCAGUUUCUCUGCUUGUCUGAAAAUAUCCAAGUGCAUGAAAAAAAGCAAUUCUUACUGGAUGUAUUUUGGUCUUGGAAAAUGCAACAUUGUCUACUUUAGUGCCUUUAGCAGUGGAAUUUAUAAUAAGGUAGUUCUGUACUUAAUAAAUGUACUCUCAGAAAAGAUUAAAGGAUGCUUUUUUCACUACCAGAA